AUGGAUCUCGCUACCUGCGGCGGGCUAGCAGCCCUCGAGCUCGCAGUAUUCCGAUCUUGUAUAGGCCUAUCGACCUUCCAAGCAUCACUGAGUUUGUUCCUGGUACAAUAUGUUCUAUGCAAAUUCUAUCGUAUCGUAUUAUACCCCAGUUAUUUCUCGCCGCUCAGACAUCUACCAGGGCCAAGGGACCACAACCUCCUCCUCGGCCAAGAAGCCACCAAAUUCCGCGCCGCAACCCCCUGCAGCGUGCAACUCGCCUGGAUGCGCCAGUGGCCCGACGCGCCCUUCAUCCGGUACCUUUCCUUUGCCGGGAAGGAGAUCCUGCUAGUCAAUACCCUGGCGCCGCACAAGGCCGUGCUGCAGACCCACGUGUACGACUUCGUCAAGCCGCCGUUCUUCGCCCGCCUGGUCGGCGAGAUCACGGGCACCGGCCUGCUGUUCGCGGAGGGCGAUGUCCACAGGCGCGAGCGCAGGCUCCUGGCGGGCCCGUUCUCCGUCCCGAGUAUGCGCAAGCUGUUGCCGGUUUUUCGCGCGAAGGCCAAGGCGCUUGAUGGGGUCUUUGAGCGUAUUAUUGGGGAUAGGCCGUAUGCGAGCUUGGAAGCCAUGGACAUCCUCUCAAAAUCAACCAUGGAAACCAUCGGCAUAACCGUCCUCGGCAUCGAGCUAGCCACGCUAUCCUCGCGGUACCCCCUCGGCUUCCAAGAGCUCUACAGCCGCGUGCUGCACCAGUCUCCCCUGGGCCAACUGAUCUGGAUCGUGAACGCGUUCAUCCCGAUCCGGAAGCUCGUUCCCCUGGAGGCGAACCGCCGGUUCAUCCGGGCGAACGCGGACCUGCGGAAGAUGCUGCGCGAGAUCAUCGAGCGGCGCGCCGCGGACCUGGCGGACGGGACGUUCGGCCGCGACGUGGGCGAGAGCAGGGAUCUGCUGACGUAUAUGCUGGAGGAGGCGGCGCUGAGGAGGAAGGCGACGGGCGAGGAGGUCUGGGCGGUGGAUGAUAUUAUUGGCCAUCUCCUAAACUUCACCUCCGCAGGCCACGAAAGCACCGCAACAUCACUAGCAUGGUCCCUCUACGUCCUCGCAACCGACCACGCCAUCCAAGAGCGCCUGCGCUCCGAGAUCGCCUCACUGCUAGCGACGAACCCCGAGCCAGACUACGAGGCGGUGUCCGGGCUUCCCUACUUGCACAAUUUCGUGCGCGAGGUCCUGCGCGUGUAUCCCGCUUCCCACAUGUCCCAACGCGCCGCGACCCGCGACCUCGUCAUCAGCGGCAUCCGCAUCCCCAAGGGCACGCACCUCGACAUCUGCAUCCCGCUCUCGAACCUGCACCCCCUGACCUGGGGGGGCUCCUCCUCCUCCUCCUCCUCCUCCGCGACCGCCUUCGACCCCGCCCGCUGGGACCGCCUCGCCGGCGACGCCUCCACCCCCCACGCCUUCCAGACCUUCCUCCAGGGCCCGCGCGCGUGCCCCGGGCGGAACUUCGCCAUGGCGCAGAUGAAGGCUGUGCUGGUGGAGCUGGUGCCGCGGUGGCGGUUUCUCGGGAUCGAGGGCGGGGUUGGGGGGAGAGGAGGGAGUGGUGAGCUGUUGGUGGGUGGGGAGGAGAGGAUAGGGAGGGGUGUGAAGCUCGCGAACCCGAGCAUGACGAUGAGGCCGGCGGAUGGGCUGUAUGUGAGGUUUGAGAGGAGGGUUUGA